AUGGCCUUCCUUUGGCUUCUGUCCUGCUUUGCCCUCCUGGGAGCCACCCAUGGCUGUGGAGUCCCUGCUGUCCAACCUGUGCUGACUGGUCUGGCGAGGAUCGUCAAUGGUGAGGAUGCUGUCCCUGGCUCCUGGCCCUGGCAGGUGUCUCUGCAGGACAAAACUGGCUUCCACUUCUGUGGGGGCUCCCUCAUCAGCCCAGACUGGGUGGUCACUGCUGCACACUGUGGAGUCAAGACAUCUGAUGUGGUGGUGGCUGGAGAGUUUGACCAGGGCUCUGAUGAGGAGAAUGUGCAGGUCUUGAGCAUCGCAAAGGUUUUCAAGAACCCCAAGUUCAGCAUGCUCACUGUACGCAAUGACAUCACCCUGCUGAAGCUGGCCAAACCUGCCCAAUUCUCCAAGACUGUGUCCGCUGUGUGCCUUCCCAGUGCUAGUGAUGACUUCCCCGCUGGGUCCCUGUGUGUCACCACUGGCUGGGGCAAGACCAAGUACAAUGCCGCCAAGACCCCUGACAAGCUGCAGCAGGCAGUCCUGCCCCUUGUGUCCACUGCUGACUGCAAGAAGUACUGGGGCAGCAAGAUUACUGAUGUGAUGAUCUGCGCCGGGGCCAAUGGCAUCUCCUCCUGCAUGGGUGACUCUGGCGGCCCCCUCGUUUGCCAGAAGGAUGGAGCCUGGACCUUGGCAGGCAUCGUGUCCUGGGGCAGCAGCACUUGCUCCACCUCCACUCCCGCUGUGUAUGCUCGCGUCACUGCACUCAUGCCCUGGGUUCAGCAGACUCUGGCAGCCAACUGAGCAUAUUUCCUUGCCCCUCCUUCUACAGUGAUCCCCAAUAAAGUCCCCUGUUCAGAAACACUGGCUGCAUGUGUCUCACUGAGUGACAUAUGGAGAUGUGGGAC